AUGAGAAUCAGCCUAAAUCGGUUCUUGGGGCCACACACAGUAGAUGCCACUAAGGGGCCCGACAUUUCUACCUUGAUUGCUACUGACACUGCUAAGGUACCCGUUUCUGCUGAUGCUACUGUUCCUACCUCAGUAUCUGCCUCUGCCCCUGUUCCUACUACUACUACCACCACCACCACCACCACCACCACUACUCCUACUACUACUGUCAAAAAUUUGUUUGUUGAUGAUGAGGUGGACGCUGUGUCCACGACCCUGAAGAGCAAGAGGAAAUGGGAUGUUGUGGACCCAUCUCCUGAGGACCCAGUAGAGGAGCAUUACCCUGAUCCUAUUGGUGCUUCGACUGGUAGCACACCAGCGUCUAUUCUGGCUGCUGGGGAGACUUUUCCUACUGAGGCUGAUGCUGAAGCUCUGUCUGUGGAGGCGGCACCAGCCUGA